CUUAUAUCCAAGAUGGAGGCACACGCAAAGUUUUUGUGAGAUCAUUGUAGAUGGCAGACCAGUUUGUAGAUAUCUAACUUUGAUAUCAAUCAGCAUUGCGAUAAAGUCACUGACAAGUCCAGUACAGAUACAGAACAUUAGUACGUAGGUAUGCAACAGAUGACAGAAGGAAAUAUGUACAAGAGUGACAUUCCUUGUACUUUUGAUAACAGUAACACAUUGAAAGAUGGAAUAAAGCAAAUAGGAGAGAAGUUCUUUAAAUGUACUGUUUGCAGCUUUGAAAGUAAUUUCAGAAGUAAUCUAAAGGAGCAUAUUAGAAUACAUACAGGAGAGAAACCUUAUAAAUGUGAUUUUUGUGAUUAUGCAUGUAGUUCAAGCAGUUGUCUUAAAGUACAUUUGAGAAAGCAUACAGGAGAGAAACCAUUUAAAUGUGGUGUUUGUGAUUAUGCAUCUUACUCAAAAGGUAAUCUGAAGACACAUAUGACUAUACAUUCAGGAGAGAAGUGUUUUAAAUGUGAUGAUUGUGAUUAUACAUGUAGAUCACAUCGUAAUCUAAACAGACACAUGAAGAUUCAUACAGGAAAGAAACCCUUUAAAUGUGAUGUUUGUGAUUAUGCAUGUUACACUAGCAGUGGUCUAAAGCUACAUGUUAGAAAACAUACAGGAUACAAACCCUUUAAAUGUGGUGUUUGUGAUUAUGCAUUUGAUUCAAAUAGUGGUCUACAGAUACACAUGAGGAUUCAUACAAAAGAGAAACCCUUUAAAUGUAUUGUUUGUGAUUAUGCAUGUAGAUCAAGUGGUCAUCUGAAAAAACAUAUCAGGGUUCAUAUAAAAAAGAAACCGAUUAAAUGUAAUUUUUGUGAUUAUGCAUGUAACUCAAAGAGUUAUCUAAAGAAACAUAUUGGAAAACAUACAGGUGAUAAACCCUUCAAAUGUGAUGUUUGUGAUUACGCAUUUACUACAAAUGGCCAUCUGAAGAGACAUAUGAUGAUUCAUUCAGGAGAGAAACCCUUUAAAUGUGAUGUUUGUGAUUAUGCAUGCAGUACAAGCAGUAAUCUUAAGUUACAUUAUAGAAAACAUACAGGAGAGAAACGUUUCAAUUGUGAUGUUUGUGAUUAUGCAUGCAAUUCAAAUAGCUAUCUGAAGAGACAUAAAAUGAUUCAUACAGGAGAGAAACCCUUUAAAUGUGAUGUUUGUGAUUAUGCAGCUAUUUCAAGCAGAAAUCUAAAGUUACAUGUGAGAAAACAUUCAAGAGAGAACCCUAUAAAGGUGAUACUUGUGAAUAUGCAUGCUAUUCAAGUGGUUCAACAGACAUAUGAGAAUACACUCAAAAGAGAAAUAUUUUAAAUGUGAUGUUUAUGAUUAUGUAAGUAAUCAGUGCAGUAAUAUAAAGAUACAUGUGAGAAAACAUUCAUGAGAGAAACACUUCAAAUGUUUAUUUAUACAUGUUAUAUAAUCAGUUGUCUAAAGGUGCAUAUAAGAAUUCAUUUUAGAGAGAAUUGCUUUAAAGGCACAUAAUGCCUUUGUUUAAAAUGUUGUUGAAACAUUUUUGUUAUGAACAUGAAAUAAAUCAAUUUCUUUUUAAA